AUGGACACCCUGCUUGACUGUGCCCCCCCGGAGUUCCACCGCAUGUUGCAGGGGCUUCCUGCACCUCACGAGGGACCUGGCCUACCGGACCAUGGACAAAACUAUCGACUCUUUGCCAUGUCGAACUACAUAUAUGCGGCUCUAGACCGACGCUCGUCCGGCUGGACUGACUACACCAGUGCGUUGAGCCCUUACCUACCAGCCACGCCCUCCACGCAUUCUCUUGCCGGCGCGGAUGCUCAUCUUCCGAUGUAUAUACUGGCCCGGGAGGGUGAUCUAGCAGAUGAACGUAUACAGCGCACUGUCCACACUGCGCUGCCUGCGGUGAAGGACGUUUACGCACCUCUCUCCAAGUCAUUGCCGGAGAUGGGGAUCUGGUCGUGCCCUCAGUGCGAUUAUCCUAUUGAUCCCCGCGAUCUUACCGUCGACCAAAGGACCCUCAUUGCCCGUCAUCUGGGCAUGGGCGACGACUGCGGCAUGCUCGAAAACCUCGAGGGUCGUGUAGAGCUAGACCCUAAGAACCCUUGGUUGUAUAUGCGCUGCAUUGACUGCUUGGGUUGGGCUCGCUUUGCUAUGCAUCUACGCACUGAGUGUCUCGUGUUCUGGUAUCCCAGCCCCGCGAUUGCUUACAAGUCUGCCCCAGGUAUAUGGUGGGAUGAAGAUCGGCUGGCUCGGCGUCAGGUGUACGCGCCGCUGUGCCUGGAAAAUGAAGCGCUCGAGCGUACCGAAAGAUACCAGUUCUGUAUGUGGAAGGCCAAGAAGAUGCUUCUUGUCGCCAAACACGGUGUUCAUACUGCUCGCUUCCACCUCACGCGCUGGCGACGCCAGGCUGUCGACGCUCGCAGGGCCCUCGUCCGCCAAAUGUUCGAGGCCGGACGUGGCAUUAUAGACACCAGGUUAGCGUUGGUCGCGCUCAUGGAUAACGAGAGAGUGGAUGCGGAACAACUGAGGUGGCAGGAUGAACGCGAGCAGAAUAUUGCACUGUCUUCAGCCUCCUCCUCUUAG